GAGAACAUGCUUAGUGUGGGGAAAUUCAUUUGAGUUAAUCACUUAAAAAAUAUAUAUGUUUAUAGAGUUCGUCUGAUUUUACAAUGGGAAAAAAAGCACAUUUCUUCCGAUUGAAUCAUUUAUGACGCUCUGAGUUGUUUGUAUGUUGUUAUAUCAAAUAUUCUUUGUUUAGUACAGAUUCCAUACGAUUGUCAUGCAAAGUGACAAAGCCGCUUGCGCAGCUAUUUGAAUUAUACGAACGUUCGAUAACCGUUUGUUGGCAACAGGCUUAGAGAUCAUCACAAAGAAGGUGCUUAUCACAUUUCAUAGCUGGCUAACCCUGACGAUCGCAACAAUGGAUAGGCACCCAAAACGAAGGGCACAGAUGACGUUUAAGAAAGGUGAACAAAAAAAAAAUGAGCUUGAUGUGCAACUUCCCGCUAAGACAGAGGUUAGGGAAAAGGAUGAAGCAGGCCCAUCAUCUUCAACGGAGAAGCACGGAGGCGGCGAAGAGCAACCGUUGAAAACGGAGGAAGGCUGUGUCCGUUCAGAAUGCAGCGAAGAUGUUAGCAGUAGGCCUAACACUUUACCGACUUAUAAUAGAUGUGAUGGUGCUCUGGUCCCAACUAUUUCAACACAGAGACAAAGACGAACAACUCAAGUUCAACCUGUUGAGGAAACCAGUGCGUUUGUCAUUCAAAAAGUUGAUGGGCCUUUCAUAUCCGAAGUGGUAGCUUCCACACCCACACGUGAUGUUUCCAACGGAACACAGGAUCAAUUGUAUACUCCUCUUAUCCACACUGUGGAUUUACCUCAACCAGUUGCCGUAACAAAAACAGAGACAUUUUCAUUUCGCCAAGAUGAACAACAGAUAACCCUCAGCAGAGUGCCAUUCCCUGUUAACGUCCCGUUAGUGUCUGAACCUUCGGUGAGGGUUAACACUGAAGGGAUGGAUCUCACCAUACCCCCGGAAGGAUCAGCCAUGGUGAACGUGCCUGAGAGUGCGUCGCGGAACGGUUACAUCAAGAGGCCUAUGAACGCCUUCAUGGUGUGGGCCAGGAUCCACCGGCCUGCCCUGUCCAGGGUCAACCCCACCGCCAACAAUGCCGACAUCAGUGUCCAGCUGGGGUAUGAGUGGAGCCGUCUGACUGAGGUGCAGAAGAUGCCUUACUAUGAAGAAUCCCGCAGGCUCAAAGACGUCCACAGGCAAAAGUAUCCAGGUUGGAUCUACCAGCCUAGAGCAGGGAGGAAAAGAGGGUAUGUUGUGACCGCUGAGACACCUGGGCCCUCCUCCUCCUCUUCCUCCUCCACCGUUUCCAGUGGUUCUGAUCCACAGGCCUACACACACAUAAGCAUGGGCCAGACCAGAACCCCAGGCCCAGCCACCCUGAAUUCAUUUAGUCCAUACAUGCUAGACUCAGCCUCAGCAGGUUCAGGUGACCACCUAGUCCAAGUGUCUGAGUCUGCAGUCACUCAGCCCCACAGCUCCACACCCCAAUAUUACCAGUCAUCCAGCCCCCAGCCCGCCACCGUGACCCCUUCCCCCCAAAGCAGGCGUCCUAGGGCCAGCCUGGCCCCCAACCCCAACUCCUCCAGCCCUGAAGCCACCCGCAGGCCCUAUACCAGAAGGGCUAGCAGGCGCCCUUACUACAGGAUGGCUUCAGAGGUGCCGUCAUGCAACAUGGCCGCCUGCUCCAGGCCCCCACAGCUGCCUGGUCUGACACACCCACACCUGUACCCAUCCACUUCCGUGCCUCACUUCUUCUCUGGUCCUCGCUAUCCCUUCAACCCCUCCUUCUUCUUCCCGGGAAGUCCGUUCUAUCCCACAGGGUUCCCCAUGGGGUCCUACUCAUAUCCAGAGCGGCCCAACCCCAUGGCCGACGUCAUUGGCUUCUACGAGCAGCGCUUCCAGAGGCACGAGGCCCUCCUCUCUGCUUUGAACAGGGACUACCUGUACCAGGACCCAGCGGCCAGCGCAGAGGCUGAGGGCAGUGGCCACGCCCACCCCCCUCCUCCACCCCCAUCCUGCAGCGAGUACCUGAGCACGGCACAGGGGCUGGACGUGGGCGCCCUGGAGACCGUGUUCACUACGCCGUCCCCGGAGAACCUCACUCGUGUUCAGAGGGUCUACACAGCCGUGGAGAACCAAGAGGAGGAAGUGCGCGUUCUGAGAAUCCUUUAGAACCUUUAGGAGUCUUUUUAAAGCCAUGUGCUUGUGUUAUUAAGUGCAUGAAUGUAUGUCUUUGGGAAAUAUGUUGUCGUGUAUUUGUGGUGGUUAUAAACAAAAACAAGAAAUGCAACGUUCAGAUUAAAAAAAAAAUAGUUUGUUUGAAAUAUUUCUAACUG